GGGGCUAACAAUGACACUGCACCUGAUUGGAGAAAGGUGGUGUACUUGGCAGCUGGCUGUGUGGUUGCCUCGGUGGUUCAACUGGUCCUUUGUUUCUGUUUCUGCAGAUUCUUCAUCAAACGACGACGUAAUCUCUCGGCCGUCUCUUCCAGGAGGCGUGGGAACAUGUUGAUAAUGGACACGUAUCGGGGCGAGCGAGAUUUGGAGGUCGAGCUCCCGCUGAGUCUAAGAGAAGGGGACGGUAUGGAGAUAUCGACGGACAGCAGUAGCAGCGAAAGAAGCAGCCUGCUCUCGCUGAUUGCUCAACCAAAGGGGGAAACUGACUCUGACCUGUCCCUCGGAAGUUUCUCCAGCUUUGGUAAAGGAACCGGUUUGCUUGAGGACGGAGGUGCAGAAGACGAUGGAGGUGGAUAUUUGAGAUCACACUCUAGUUCGCUCCUCCCGUUGUCCUCUCGUCCUCUCCCGCCAUCCUUCCCAAUACAUCUCCAUACAAGAGCAGUGACACUGCUCUCCCUAUCUCAGUCAAGAUCAUCUCCCGAGGGUCAAUCGUCCAGUUGUUCAUCCACCUCAUCUCCUCCGCCGCCACCCUCUGCUUUGAUGGCUGACUGAGUCUUUACACAGCAAUCAGUACUAUUGAGCUCCCCGCUCCCUCCCCAGCUGUGUCAGAGUCCAGUCAUCUCCUUUUCCCGACACACCCUUCAAAUCAGGUCAUUUCAUGAUUUCAACUUGGCUGAAAAGUCACCCAUCAAACUCUGCCAUAUACACACACACACACCAUACACGUAUAAUUAUAGUGUAGGCAUUACAGUAUUUUGUCUCUUGUGUCUUUCACUCUCAGUGUGUAGUCGUGUGAGGACCACUAGUCGGUGAUUAAUCCCUCAUUCUCCCUCGAAAAUGAUGCCAAUUUCUUGCCCGGCC